CUUGCCAUUGGUCAACCUCCAGCCCCGCCCACUGGCAUGCCCAGCCUGGACCAUACAAAAGCAGGCUCAGCUUCAGCUCCCAGUCAAGCACCUUCCCGGCAACAUGAAGACUCUCUGCUUCUUGGUCCUUACAGCGUUCCUGGUCAUUGCGACCCUGACCCCCGGGGAAGCAGUCAAAGGAGGUAAAGAGAAGUGGGGAAAUUGUCCGGCGGAGAAAGGAAGCUGCAUCAAGUCCGGUCCAUCCCAGUGUCAUUCUGAUAAUGACUGCCCUGGAGACAAGAAGUGCUGCUUCCUGCACUGUAGCUACAAAUGUGUGAGUCCUGAGAGGAACAGAAAGGAAGGAAUCGGUCAAAUGGCACCUGUCCCUCAGGGUGCUGACACUUGGAAUGUUGGACAAGUGGGACAAGAAGCGAGCCCCCAGAAGGAAUGGUCCUGAAAUCCUUUUCCUUAAAGAGAGGGAAGAGUCUCAAAGAGUCCAGACCCCAGUGGCUAGCUUUUCCUUCUCUGCCCAAUGCUCAUUCCCCACCUGCAUGAAUGGACCCCACCCCCCACCAUGAAUGAGAUCAGUGCCCUUAUAAAAGAGACCCCAGAAAGCUGUCUUGUUCUUCUGCCAUGUGUAGACAACAGCUAGACGACUCUGUCAGAGAUCAGAAAUGACAAAUUUGUGGGCACCUUGAUCUUGUACUUCCCAGCCUCCAGAACUGUGUGAA